AUGCGCGAACAGCUACAUCAUGGAUAUAAAUGGGGCCUGAUCUUCUCAGUCUUCAGUCUGAGUCUGGACCAGGAGCUCAUCAUGACUAACAACAGAGUGAAAGGAGGAUUCAGCGGUUUGCUGGCAGAAUCAAGUGGCGUUCCGAGAAGGAGAUACAAAAGAUACACUACAGGCACUUACAUCGGACUUAUUGCGUAUGCAAUUCAAGAUUCACCAGACAAGAUGCUCACAUUCAAACAGAUAAUGAAAAAGCUGGAACCAUUUGUUCUCGGAGACAAAAAAGGCAUUGAGAACAACACCAGAGUCUGUCUUUCAUCAAACAGGUGUUUUGUAAAGGUCCCAGUCGAUCCGGAUUAUCCAAAUCCUAAAAAGAACUUCUGGAAAGUGGAUGAAAAUGGCAUUACUCCAAAAAUGUUUCGCCGACAUUUCAAAUAUCUAAUCAACAUGUUCCCUGGCCUGUCGAUUCAGACACAGCAGGUGGAUGAGUGUGAAGACAAUGCUCCCGAGCCUCUUAUUCCAGUCUGCAAGGUCACUGAAAGGAAAAGUGAAGGCAAAUUUACAGGCCCCUUUUCCAUAGAGUCAUUAUUGAAGAGCGACCGCGAAGUGAAGCGUUUGGAGGAGCACCCACACUACACCGACGCACAGCUUGGAAGGAGCAAGAGAAAAAACGUUUAUGAAUAUGAAGCUGUGAAGUGUUAUUACCCUGUUUCAGCGGUAGGAUGUGAACUGGCCUCAGCGAAAAGACCUCGUCUAUCUUCAGGACCUCAGUUCAGACAGUUUCUGCCUCCACAUGUCACAUAUGACCACCAUGUUCUCUUCAGCUCUCCUUUAAUGUAUGAUAUUAGAUAUGCCAGGUGGUAAACAGCCAGAAUGACCACAUGUGAAUAUGAUGAAAUCGCACUUUA